GCGAAGGCUACCCCCACAAUAUCGAGCAUCGGCGGGGGUCCUGUCCGAAAAAAAAACACGAGCGGAGAACGCCGCUUCCGGUCCUGUUCGCGGCUCGUGAUUUCGCCGCCGGAGAGCCGAGGGAGAGGGAGCGAGAUGGGGUUCGUCGGAGACACGAUGGAGUCGAUCCGCUCGAUGCAGAUCCGCCAAGUGCUCACGCAGAUCAUCAGCCUCGGUAUGAUUGUUACCUCUGCGUUAAUCAUAUGGAAGGGGUUGAUAGUUUUCACGGGGAGCGAGUCACCAGUUGUAGUGGUUCUCUCUGGUAGCAUGGAGCCUGGAUUUAAAAGGGGUGAUAUCCUGUUUUUGCAUAUGAGCAAAGAUCCUAUUCGCACGGGAGAAAUAGUUGUUUUCAAUGUCGAUGGUCGUGAAAUUCCAAUUGUUCACCGUGUGAUUAAGGUCCAUGAACGUCAGGACACUGCAGAAGUGGACAUCCUCACCAAAGGUGACAAUAAUUUUGGGGACGACCGACUAUUAUAUGCACAUGGGCAGCUUUGGCUCCAGCAACAUCACAUUAUGGGACGUGCCGUGGGCUACCUUCCAUAUGUUGGCUGGGUUACAAUUAUCAUGACUGAGAAACCAUUUAUUAAGUACCUGCUGAUUGGCGCAUUGGGCUUGCUGGUCAUAACGUCGAAAGAUUAGAGAUGCCAAACUUCAGUGCCAUGUAGAUUUUGCUCUUAUGGUGCAACAGCAGAGGUCAGUGGCUUCGCAGCGUUAAGAGAAGCCGUUCUGUUCCACCAUGUAUCAAACGAGAAGAAUUCUUUAUCUACUGUGAGGGCACCUGCCCACUAAUUGGAUAGUCGGUUCUCAUCCAGCAUUCAUCUUUUUGUAGUUGUGCCAUAGCUAAUGAGUUGAAUCAGUCGUCGGUGGUUAUAUUCGAUGAA